UCCAAAACGGCGUAAUCAAGAUGGCAUUUCAUGGCUGGAAGAGCAAACUAAGAAUAAUGUGAUUUUAGAAAUAUUUUAGCUAAGAAUCUGAUGAAUGGAAACUUAGGAAGAUAUUUUGAAAUAUUGCGAGUUACAUUCUUGGCAUACAAAUAAAACAACAAUGGAAGAGGGAACACCAACAUCCAGUGGAUCAAGUCGUCAGAUAAAAUGGCACACCAAUUUAUCUGAUUUUGCUAACAUGGUUAAGGCAUUUAUCGGAUCCAACUAUCUUAGCAUAUCAUUCGCCUUUAGUCAGAGUGGACUAGUUGCUGGAAUGAUCGGGUUGUUUCUAAUUGCAAGCGUAACUGAUCACUGCUGUCAUCUGAUUGUCAAAUGUAAAAAUUUAGCCAUUAAAAAAGUUUUACGUGAACAUCGAAAGCAGUUACUGGGGGAUAUAGCUGAAGAGGAGGAAGAAGAUGAUCACAGGGAUGAUUAUUUUUCAGAAAUGAAAGCUAAAAUGAAGCGUAGUUUGACAUAUGGAGAUGUCGGACAGAUAGCUCUAGGAAAUAUCGGAUUAUAUAUUGUCAAUGCAUGUAUCUUGUUAACACAAUUUGGUUUUUGUGUUGGAUAUUUUAUUUUGAUAGGAAACACGAUUUACUCCAUGUUUCCUUUAGCGACUUGUGACAUACUUCGAAAUUCAACCAAUCAAAGUUUCAUUAACAUGUCCAACUGUAAAAUUAAUUCUAUCAUACAAUCUGAUCUUCCAAAAGAUUUACAGAAAUUCCAUUUAAUUACUGAAGACAUGCCAAUACAUGCCAGACAUCCUCAGUUGGCUUUAUUAGAUAAUUUAAAGAGAGAAGUCAGUCGUUUUCCUGAUUUAAAUUUAACGAAUCUGUCUCAUCCAGAAACCUCAGGAAAUUCUUCAUUUUUUGAUGAUGAUGGUUUAGAGAAUAGUUUAAUGUUGGGAGAAAAUAAUUCAUCAUGGACUGUUUUAUCUAAUCAUGUUUAUACAUCAACGGCUCCAUUGCUGCAAUAUCUUGUACUCAUUCCUUUACCUAUAUUUAUUGGUUUCUCCUUUAUGAGAAAUAUCCGCCAUCUUGGACCUGUAAGUGUAGCAGCUAAUAUUUCUAUAUUGAUCGGAUGUGUCUCUGUAACUGUAUUUCUUCUUGAUGGGUUUACACUAAGUAAAACAUACAAACUUUUUGUCAACAUGGAAGGACUUCCAGUAUUUUUUGGAAUGGUAACUGGUGCGUUUGAAGGUAUUGGAACAGUUAUCCCGAUUGAAUCAAGCAUGGUCGGGAAUCGUCAUUUAUUUUCUGGUUUUCUACACGGAGCUAUCUUAUUCCUUUCUGUGGUGUUGUCUUUUUUUGGUAUUUUUGGAUAUUUACGAUUUGGAGUGGAUGUGGCACAGAUGAUAAAUGGAAAUCUUCCAUUGGGCAGUGCUUUUUCUCUGACUGUGAAUUUAUGUUUGUGUAUUGGAGUAGUUUUAACUUUUCCUUUAAUGUUGUACCCGGUGAUAGAGUUGAUGGAAAUCUAUACUUUUACUGACGGUCGUAUUUGUGGUCCGAAGAAAAAAUGUGUAAUCGAAGAAGAAGGACUUGUGACGUCUGAUGACAGUCAACCAUUGAUUGGUGAUAAAACAUCUGUAUUACCUGUAGCUGCUGUAGUUUCACUAAGGAUACCAGCAUGGAAGAGAAAUAUAUUGAGAACAUUAUUGGUAUUAAUGGCUGCUGGUCUAGCUGUUUUAUUUAGAAAUAAUUUUGCUUAUAUCUUAGCAUUUGUUGGUGCAAUAGGUAGUUCAUUACUAGCCUAUAUAUUACCCUGUAUAUUUCAUAUUAAACUCUCCUGGUCUAACAUGUCAGUAUUUAUAAAGUUUAAAGAUAUAUUAUUAAUUAUUGUUGGUAGCUGUUGUUCAAUAGUCAGUUGUUAUUCUGUUGUUGUUAGAAUUGUCAACAACACAUAAAUACACAUUUAUUCUCCACUUGAGGGUAUAUUUUAGGGUAUAUUUUCUGGACAAUUGACAUCCUAAAUAUACAACGAUCAAUUAAAAAAUGUAUUCAAACUACCAGGAAAAAUUUAUCUUUUACCAAACACAGUAUAUUCUCACAGAUAUUAUUUGUAAAGCCCAUUUUAUAAUCGUAUUAUAUAAUUUUAAUACUGCCGCCAUUGUAUAUUAUGAUAAAUCGAAGAUAAGCAUUGGUAGUCGAAUAGAUGACCCAAUUGUGCUCAAAAGAAUAUAUCUUUAAGUCUGAAAGCUACGCCCCCUUUUUCCAAUAGUUUUCAUAUUUUCAGUGUGAUUACUAGUUCUUACUUUUCGGUUAAUGAAGUAACUUUUGAUGAUAUUUAUAAUGUUGAGUUUUAACUGUUAAUAACAACAGUUUGUUUAAAUAUAUAUAUAUAUAUAUAUAUACUGGUGUAUUUAUAUUUUUCUACUGAACUUAGUUUUAUAAAACUUAGAGAUUUUUAAUUCUGUGUUGUAGCAGUAUUUUUUAUCAUGGUAAUUAAAUAAGAGGAAAUUGAAUGUGAUACAAUAUUUUAUAUUAAUAAUCCAAUUGAUAUAAUUUAUCAAUAUUAUAGUACCGGUAAAUGAAAUAUUUUUAUAUUUUUCUUUAGUAAAACAAAUUGAUAAUGAUCUUAAUUUCUAUUAUUGCCCAAAAUAUGGGAUACUUUUAAAGUAUGAUUAUUGUGAGGGAGAAGAACAGAUUAUUUUUAUAUGCCCAUAUUUUCAUGUGGACGUAUUAUGUGGUUGCCCCAGUCAGACAUAAAUUGUUAUAAACAAAUAAUUUUAAUGAGAUUGUUGUGAAUUUGGUGUAAAGUGUUUUAUUGUAAACAUUUCAUUUCAUUUCAUUUAAAUCUCAAAUUCAAUAUUUUCCAUAAUAUUCUAAAUUAAAAUUCGAAUUAGAAUUCAAGAUUGGUCCAUUUUAAUCAAUAUUGAUGUUGUUAUCUUGCCUGGAAAAUACAUGUAUGGGAUCCUUAUAUCAAAUAUUUAAGACACUGAAUAUUUUAAAAUCAGUACAUGAGUUGUUUACUCAAUGGUUUCAGGCAACUUUUGUAAUGAAAAAAGAAAUUCAUAUCCUACAAUACAAUGUGGAAGUAAUUAUUAAUGGCUGAAUCAAAAACUACAAAAUAAUAAUAAAAAAGAAAAGAGUGUUGAAUGGCCUAAGCAGGCAUAAAUGACUGCCGUAAAUUUGGACUCUUUACAUAUUUCACAGAACAUAAUUGAUUAGAAAUUACAAUUCUUUUUUGAAAAUUGAAUAUAGAUGAAUUUAUAUACAUUCAUAUGUGCUUUAACAGGUCCACAGAAUAGAGUCGUAUGUCCUUUAAGUACAUUCCACUUUUAUAUGGCCAUUUUAGGUGCUCUUUAAAUUGAUCACUGAUGUUAAUAUGUAGAAAAUAGAUGUAUAUAAAUUUAAAUGGCAUUUUAUGUGUGUAUUUUAAAAAUAUUUAUCAGGAAUUGUUUCCAGGAAUUUUUGAUUUUAUAGUCAAAUUGACCACAAAUGGCAAACAUUCAAAAUAGUAAAAGGACACUAGCCAUUAUAUUGGUUGUAUUGUUAAACUUGAAACUAUUGAUGUUUGUGUGCAGAUUAGGUACAAAAAAAGAAAUUUGAGUGGGGGGGUUGACCCAAGUGGUGAGGAAGGGCAAGCUCAGUACUACAGAAUUAUCAAUUCGGCUAAUUUUAUUUCUGUUUUUUUUUUAUGUUCCUCCAAUUUCUAUUUUCUAACAACUGAUCUCCGAAAUGCUAAUAACUCUUUUAGUUGAAAUGUUAUAUGCCAAGAAAAAAAAAUACUUGUGUUUACCCUUAUACUUCGCUAUAUAAAAUAGAGUUGGUCGGAGACUCUUUUUAUUAUUUUUAAAUUUCAUGGGGUUUGUAUUAUUUAUUUCCAAGUAUUUAUAGCUUAGUUACUGGAUAAGGUUCUUGAAAAUAAUACCGAAAUUUCAGCAUCAGAAUUUGUUUGGUGAGAAUCACACAAACACUGAAUUAUAGAGCCUGGGAAAUGAAGAAAAGAAUUUAUGGUCAGCGAUUUUGGAUCAUAAAAAUGGGGUCAGGUAUUUUUUUAUUUUGGCCUAAUACAGUUUAAUUGUCUCUUUAAGAGUGUUCAUCCAUUAUAGAUAUAUUAAUACUCAUUCAUGGGUCAAAGUUUCAUCCUGUCACAAUGUUUACUAGUACUUGUAUUUAAAAUAGCCAUUUCCUUUUUGUUUUGUUCUCAAUUGAAAUUUCACUUACAUAUAUAUCAUCUUUAAUGUACUAGAUAUUCUUUACUGUAGAAUCUGUUUUCAAGUUAAGGGGUUGAAGUAGAAUUUUGCCUUAUAAUUUGCCAAAUAUCUGUCCAGUCCUGAUUUGUAGUGAAAAAUCCCUGUUCCUGACUAUGUGUAGAAUGUAAAAAUUCCUGUUCCUGACUAUGUACAAAAUGUAAAAUAAAAUCUCUGUUCCUGACUAUGUACAAAAUGUGUAAAAUCCUUGUUCCUGACUAUGUACAGAAUGUAAAAAAUCCCUGUUCCUGACUAUGUACAGAAUGUAAAAAAUCUCUGUUCCUGACUGUGUACAGAAUGUAAGAAAUCCCCGUUCCAGACUGUACAGAAUGUAAAAAAAUCCCUGUUCUCGAUAUAGAGAAUGUAAAAAUCUCUGUUCCUGACUAUGUACAGAAUGUUUAAAAUCCCUGUUCCUGAUGAACAGUAUAUAAAAAUCCCUAUUUCUAUGUACAGAAUAUAAAAAUUCCCAUUCCUGACUACAUGUAUGUAACCUUAUACAUGUAAAACUUGAAUAGAAGUAAAACUGUUUAAGAAUGGAAUUAAAAUACAGCAUAUACUUGGUUUAUGUAAAAUCUUAAAACAUUUUAACAAUGUUAGCUAUCAUUAUAUUUUUGUGCGUUUGAAAAAAUAUUCCUUCUAAUUUAAAUUCAUUUGUGUGAUGGGAAAUCUGUCUAUAAACUUAUUACAUUAAUGGCAGUAAAAAUGAUUAAAUGGAUUGAUAAAACCAGUGUUCCAGAUGAUAAUAUAGAUAUUUUUGCUUUAUGUUGUUUAUAGUAUAUUCUAUUGUCUUACACAGCUGAUGUUCAAUGCUUCAAUCUACCUGAACUAAUGGUUGUACUUUUAUUUAUUUUUCAUUACUUUUAUUUGAUUAAUAUUUGAAUAGAUAAUAAUCGGAAUAAGUGUUUUUAAACAUGUAUACAGUAUAUUGGUUUAGGAUUGAAUUCAAGCAUUUAUUUUAGAAUUUUAUUUCUGUUGUGAAACUCAAUCAGUGUAAUUCACAUUUAUAUGGACUUUAUUACUCUUUGUAUACAUAAAACCUGUUCUUAUAUCAAGGAAAUUUAGGCAGGUGUACUUGAUUAGAUAUGGAGUGCAUUUCAUCUUUUAUUAUUGCAUGUUAGCAUAGGUUAGAAGUGGAACUUUCCAUAAAGAGCCCUCCAAGCUUUAAGGUUGUGCCAGUCUUGCUGCUACUGCAUUUUGGAUGUUUGAUGAAUUUUGGCAAAUGGAAAUAAUCAUGUGCAAUAACAUUUAUAAAAUGUUUUAUUUUUGAUAACAAGAUUGUAUGUACAUGUAUUUCUUUUUUAAAAAAAUAUAAAUGAAGGAAAAGUUGUAUAUUAUGUUGGAAAUACAUGUAACUUUAGAUGUUAAUUGUUUUUACCAUUGUACAAAUUUGUGUGGGCUUUCAUUACUUUUUAUUUUUCAUUGCACAAGGACUAUAUUAACAAGGCAUUAUGUGAGAUGCAGAGAAAUUGAAUUGGUUGUUCUUUCUAUUAUAGUUAAAAAUAGUUCAGUCAAAUUUACUGAGUGAAACUAUGCAUGGUUACUUUUAUCAAGUUUCAGACAGCAGGCUCUAUCAGGGAGAGACGUCAUGCAUUUCUGAAAGAUUUUGGCUUGGUGAGUGAUAGAAAUGUUUAACGCAGAUAUGGUGGAUUUUAUCUAAUCCACUCAAUAUCCAAGCCACCCAGUGGUCUAAAGAGUUGAUUAUAUUGGGCUUGUAAUGUGAAUAAAUGUCUAAAAAUUAAUUUAUACCUCUUUAAUCAUAAAUUGCUCAAGAAAUAUAACUCUGUAUUUUCAAAUCGAUUGAUUUAGGCUAUAUCUAAAUACUUAUUACUCUAAACAGUAUUGGAUUGGAGAAUACUACCCUUAUUGGGAAUUAUGUUUCAGAAUCUAUUUGUUUGUAAUGUGGGUGCAUUCUGUUAUUGCUACUGGUAUGGAAUAAACAUGACUAGUGUUUUGGUUA